GUGGCUUCACGGAAGAGGUUGCGUCGAGAAGGAGGAGGGCGAGUGACGCGCUGGUCGACGCAUGCGUGGAUGGGAGAGGGUUGCUACACUCACUGUAGGUCACCUGAGUGCGAUGUCUAAGGAGAAAGUGGAGAUUACAGAUCCAAAAUGCAUCCUUUAUUGGAAAAGAAAGGUCAAGUCAGAAUACAUGCGUCUCAGGCAGCUCAAGAGACUUCAAGCAAAUAUGGGGGCUAAGGUUUUAUAUGUGUCUAAUUAUGCAAAGGUUCAAGAAAAGAUCAACAUCCUGAAUGAAGACUGGAAGAAACUUAGAGUCCAGCCUAUUCAGUCUAUGAAGCUUGUUGGAGGUCACCCUUUUCUCAAACAGUGUACAGUUGAGAGCGGUUUCCCUGAUUGGAGCCCACAAACAUUGUUUAUGAGGACUCUAAACACUGUAGCCCUGGUGCCUAUCAUGUACUCUUGGUCGCCACUUCAACAGAAUUUCAUGGUGGAAGAUGAAACCGUUUUAUGCAACAUACCUUAUAUGGGAGAUGAGGUGAAAGAGGAAGAUGAAACUUUCAUCGAGGAGCUCAUUAACAACUAUGAUGGCAAAGUCCAUGGCGAGGAAGAGAUGCUUUCGGGCUCUGUCCUGAUCAGUGAUGCUGUGUUCCUGGAGUUGGUAGAUGCGCUCAAUCAGUACUCUGAAGAAGAGGAAGAAGGACAUGAGUCUGCUGAAGGCAAACAGGAAGCUGGGAAAGAUGAGCUACCUGUGACCCGGAAGAGGAAGCGGCUUUCCAUGGAAAGUAGCAAGAAAUCUUCCAAGAAGAAUUUUCCAAAUGACAUGAUCUUUGCUGCUCUUUCAUCCAUGUUCCCUGAGAAUGGCUUUCCAGAGGAUAUGAAAGAAAGGUACAGAGAGCUGACAGAAGAAUCUGACCCAAAUGUGCUUCCUCCUCAGUGCACACCAAACAUUGAUGGGCCAUGUGCCAAAUCUGUUCAGCGUGAACAGGCCCUGCAUUCCUUUCAUACACUUUUUUGCAGGCGCUGCUUCAAAUAUGACUGUUUCCUCCAUCCAUUCCAUGCUACCCCCAAUGUUUAUAAGCGGAAGAACAGAGAGACCAAAAUCGAAAUGGAGCCGUGCGGACCAGACUGCUUUUUGUGGCUGGAGGGGGCCAAGGAGUUUGCUGUAAUGCACAACCCACGAUCAAAGUGCUCUGGGCGGCGGCGGCGCAAGCACGCCACGCUCAGUACCCCUUCCACCUCCAGUGCUUCAACUUCCACGAGCAUCGAAGCAAAAGAAGGUGACAGUGACAGAGACACAGGCAACGACUGGGCUUCUAGUUCCUCUGAGGCAAAUUCGCGUUGCCAAACCCCAACCAAACCAAAGUUGAGCCCAGCCUCCUCGCAGCCCUUCAUGUCUGACAUGCCAGCAGAGCCUGUCGAGUGGACAGGGGCCGAGGAGUCCCUUUUCCGCGUCUUCCAUGGGACAUACUUCAACAAUUUCUGCUCCAUCGCUCGGCUUCUGGGAACCAAGACAUGCAAGCAGGUCUUUCAGUUUGCAGUAAAGGAGGCCUUGAUAACAAAGUUGCCGGCUAAUGAGCUCUUGAACCCCUCCCAGAAAAAGAAGAGGAAACACAGACUCUGGGCUGCCCACUGCAGGAAGAUCCAGCUUAAAAAAGACAAUUCAUCCACUCAAGUGUACAACUACCAGCCCUGUGAUCACCCAGAGCAUCCUUGUGACAGCUCCUGUCCUUGCAUCAUGACCCAGAAUUUCUGCGAGAAGUUUUGCCAGUGCAAUCCUGACUGCCAGAACAGAUUCCCCGGCUGCCGAUGUAAAACUCAGUGCAACACCAAGCAAUGCCCAUGCUACUUGGCCGUGCGAGAAUGUGACCCAGAUCUUUGCCUGACCUGUGGUGCUUCAGAGCACUGGGACUCCAAAGUGGUCUCAUGCAAGAACUGCAGCAUCCAGAGAGGUCUCAAGAAGCAUCUGCUGCUGGCUCCAUCAGAUGUUGCUGGGUGGGGAACCUUCAUCAAGGAGGCUGUGCAGAAGAAUGAAUUUAUCUCUGAAUACUGUGGGGAGCUCAUUUCCCAAGAUGAGGCUGACCGCCGUGGGAAGGUCUAUGACAAGUAUAUGUCUAGCUUCCUUUUCAACCUCAAUAACGAUUUUGUUGUUGAUGCCACCCGCAAAGGGAACAAAAUCCGUUUUGCAAACCACUCUGUCAAUCCCAACUGUUAUGCCAAAGUGGUGAUGGUGAAUGGAGACCACCGUAUUGGGAUCUUUGCCAAAAGAGCAAUCCAGGCAGGGGAGGAGCUCUUUUUUGAUUACAGGUACAGCCAGGCAGACGCACUCAAAUACGUUGGCAUUGAAAGAGAAACUGACAUUAUCUAACCAUAAUCAUUCCAAGACUCCCAGCCGGCAUCACCACAUCCUAUCCACGCUGCUUCCCUCAUUGCUGUGUGUGUUGUGAGACCUUCAUUCACCUGGAUCUUCAGAGAAGAGGCUCUCCUCUUGCUGCAGCAAUGAGACUCUGGCUUCAAUGCCCAGCUGGUGGCAGGUGCUGCCACAGAGAAGCUCUGCUAAGUUUUUGCUGGGAGGAAAAUUAGGAAGCAUUGGAAAGGCAGUGUGGCUCCCCUGCUUAAGCCCACUCUGUGGAGAAUCACCUCGGCAUUGUGGGAUACUGGGCUUUGCAUCCUCUAUUGUUUUAAGGUGAAGUGAUUCUUGUCCUCUGCCUCUCUCCCUCUCCUUUUUUUUUCUGAGAAGAGCAGAGACAGAUCCCACCUCCAAGGGAGGAUCGUUCAUUGAAGUGCUAUGCAGAAGCUCUUUGAGGCAAGGAGGUUGUAGCCUGAAAUAGAAGGCAGUGUAGAAACACUGGCUAUUGAAGGCAGGGGCAGAGUUAUUGGCAGAAGGAAGGGAAGGAGUACUUGUGAUAGAAGGAAUACGCUGAGGUCAGGGAUUGAAUAUGGAGGAGUAGCAAGUAAAUGGUAGGGCAGUAGAGGUGAAAGAGCAGGGGACAGGAGCACAAAUCCAUCUUCCAUGGUAAUUAUGAACCUUUUCCUCUCCCUAAAUUGGAUUUCCCUUCUUUCUCUCCACACCAUUGUGGUAGGAUUUCAGAGGCAGGAGGUAUGUUCUCUGGGGAGGCAGGGGGAAAUCAGAUUUGUUUUCAGUUGUAGGGCUCAGAAGUCCCUUCCAGGUGCAGUAAAGUCCCUGCAGAGAAUGGUGCUGCUGCUCUGCCACCAAGGUGUCAUGAUUGCAAAAAUGCUGGUUUGCAACACUGCUUUACCUGCUAAGUAAGAUUUGCAGAACCAGCUUCUCUUCAGGCAGGACCUUGUUUGAUAAGGUUUCCUCCACCUCUGCAGAAGGAAGAUUGUUUACCCUCCUAUUUACCUGACCACCUUCAGUGGAAUCCUGGGUCUCACUUUCGCACUUUCAGUAGGUUAUUGAGACUCCUUCUCAGAAGCUUGGGGUAACAGUUCAUCUUUGGUCUUGCACUUCCUUUUAAGAAUGUUGAUUUAUUAGCAGUUUUCCUGGUUGAAUGCAUGAAGGGGAAAUCAUUGGGUCUGUAUAAAUUGACAGUCCCUAAGUUAGGAACCCCUUCCCCUAAAAAUCAGGAUUUCUCUCCCUUCCCCAAUCUAUGAACAAAGCAAACAGUUGAAAUGCACUUUAGAGUAAUUCACUCCACCAAGGCUAGGCAGUGGAGACCUGGGCUCCCUGUGGGCUGUAGUGAGUGUGGAAGGUUGUCUCCAGCUCCAGUCCACAAUGUGGACUUCUGUAGCAGCUGGAUUCUGGGUUCCUUAAAAGCUCCUACAGGAGUUGUUUAACCACAAACCUGUCGUGAAACUUGGUUUAUUGCACUCUUGAAGGUAUUUGCAGGUGCCAGCAGUAGACAUGAUAUUUGUGUCUAAGUAGGCAAGUCUCUCCCUCCCUCCCCAGUAGGCAGCCGGCAUGGCAGCUGCUGGGUCAGGAUUGAAGAAUGAGAGAAUAAAAGGAGAAGACAUGCUUCAUGGAAAUGAGUUUGGUGUAAGUAGUAUGCAAAGCUUUGGAGUUAUGCAGAACUGUUCACUUGGGUGUCACGGAGAGGUAGCUUACUCUUUGUAACACAAAGAGCAAGAUUUGGCCUAGGUAGGAAGAUUUCCAUUCACUUUUAAGGUAAUUGACUGUAAAAUCUUUAGUAUUCUCCCUCUCCUUUAUAAAACACUCCAACGUACAGUAAAAUAUUUAUUGGCCAAAACCCUUAUCCUGGUAAUCGAGUUAAGGUGUGUCUGGAACAUGAAAUUUUAGUUAGCGAUUCAGAGCAUAUGUAGAGUGCCUUUAUCACUGUACAUUUACAAUCUGCUGUUUGCCAUCUGAAAUCAGGGAAUGGGCUUCCAGGGGUAAGUAUAUAAUGACAAGGGAACUUCAACUUUUAAUCAUAGAACUAAGCAGCUCUUCCUUUCACCAAUGCUUUGCAUUUUUGAACAGUUAAAUAGUUCUGGUGGAAGAAACAUGAGUAUCUUUUAUAUGCUGCAGCUUACCCACUGAAUCGAACAGCAGUAAGACAUGCAAUACCCAUUUCACAUUUUUCACUGCUUUUCCUAAUAUUGGAAUUAAUAUUGGUGUGAGAAAUUGGUGCCGUGUUGUCAUUAGUUCCUGGUCCACCAUUUUUACUGAAAGCCACUAGCUGUGGCCCUGUGCUAUUCUUUCUUGUACUAGGUAGUACCCUUUUUCUCUCUUGCCACUGCUAACAGAAAACACUUUCAAGGAACAGUCAAAAAAAGCCAAUGAAGUGGCUAACAAAACUGAUAGGAGGCAACAGUCUCCUCCUUCAAGCUAAGAAUAUUAAACUGAAACCUUUGUAUAUGCUGGGAAAUCGAGGGGUAAAUCCCACUGUGCUUCCCAACUAGUGUAGGCCCACUGAAUCAGUGGGAGUGUAGCAUUGGUUCAGUGGAUUGAGAUGAACAAUUGGGUCCAGCUCAAGGUUGGUUUUUAAAAUCCUCUGAGGAAGUAACUGCAAUAGGGUCAUGUAGGAAACUAUGCCUAUUUCCAGAAGUAUUCAGUUAAAUACGCUAAUAGACUUUGGCUCUGCAAUGUUUCUUCUACUUCAGAAUUCCAAUCUUAUGCAAAGGUAACACUGAGUAGGCUUGCUAGUUUUCAGCUACAGAAUAGUAAUUAUCUUAGUGGACUAGUUACAGGUAGCCUUUCCCAUCGUGCACACUGCUUAGGGUAAGGUGAAGGGUUUAUGGGAUAGCAGCUUUCCCAGGGAUGCCUGAAGGCUGCAGAAUCUGACCAAGCAGUGGCAACAGAGAAGGGUGGAAAGGAUUGCUACGACUUGGUUUGGCCAGGGAGUUAAUCUGUCACAUGGUGCUUUCAGAAAAGAGGCAACCAGUCUUGAAACUGUUGCUAGUUUCAAACAAUGCAUGUCGAAUAUUUUGUCUUGAGGCCAGGUCUGCAGCAGUGGGCAUUCUAGCUGUUUGUGUAUGUUCACAAAGGUACCGUGAUCCAGGCAUUGUUCUUGCAGCUCAUGGGUGUUUUGACCUUGCAUCCAUAGUGCAUUAUAUUGUCAUACAAGCCUGUAUUGCUUGACACUUUCGAGGCACAGCAUAGAGGAGGGGGGGUAUAGCUGCAUUUUUAGAAAAAAGCCUGCAGUCCCUUGCCAGACUGGCAGAAGUAGAGCAGGUAGUAAACUGCUGUAAGAAUAUUUGUGCUUUUUUCCCCUCCCUGAACUUCAUGGAAUUGCUCUCUCUUAGAAUAUGAAAACGGGGAUCUCCAAAGCCACUUGCUGUCUGGUCCCUCCCUCCUCUGGCUGCUUGUGACUCUGUGCUUUGCUGCUGGUAACUUAUGUGCACUUUAUAUUAUGGCUUGUAAAAGUUUGUCUUAAUAAAGUUGUGGUGACCUGCUGAA